AUGUUUCUUUUUGUCAAAACCGUUACUGGCAAAACACACCGUUUGAAUGUAAACAAUUCUGACACGAUUGAAAAUGUCAAAGCAAAAUUUCAAGACAAAGAAGGAGUCCCUCCAGAUCAACAGAGGCUCAUUUUUGCAGGCAUGCAGCUUGAAGAUGGGAAAACUCUGGCGUUUUAUAAUAUUAAGGAUUGGACAACGAUACAUUGUGUUCUACGACUAAUCGGAGGAGUAACGGCCUUCAAAAGGCAUUCUCCAUUUUAUCGAGAAUUACGUGCAACUGAAGGUUUGACCGAGGAAACUGAACAAUUACUUCAAGUUUUGGCAUGGAAUAUAUCAACGAUUGAUGUGAAGACUAUACGCAGCAUUUUCCCCGGAAUAAUUAGAAGAGUCAUCAAUCUUGAAAAUCUCCAGAGUUUAGCAGACUCAUUCGAUGAUUUGUUUAUGCUCAGAGUAAAAAUUGCUGGACGCUUUAGCAGAAGAUUCGUUGACGCCAUUAUAUCAAAGUACUUUUUAAUUGUCUUAUAG